AUGGCAGAAGAAGCACCCGCACUCAAAAGGGAUUCAACUAUGGCCGUGACUGCCAAGGUGAGCAAAAUCAUCGAAAAGCGCGCGAACGGGGAAAAUGGAGUCCAGCGUUUGCCAACAAUAUGAAAGAUCGAGCUUAAUAAAUUUCUUUUAUUUUUCGUGUCUUUUUCAGGAGGGUGAAGCGUUUCUUGAGGAACAUGGAGGGGUACAUGAAAAUGCGAAGACAAGAGCUCAGCAAAAGGAAAUCGAGGAGAGCGAAGAGGAUUCAGCAACCAAACUCAAAAGAACAUCAACCAUGGCAGCCACCGCACAGGUAUAUUAAUGAUCACUAGUUCGAAAGGUGGCUGAUUACUUUCGGUUUUUUCAUUCAAACGAGUCAAAUGCAGAAGUUAACAGUCUUUCACGUUUGUUCAUUUUUAGGAAGGUAGUGAUCUCCUUGGUGAUAAAGAGCUUGGAAAAACUCGAUCAGAGACGGCCACCUUGAAAAAUGCGGAGGACGAGGACAAAGAUGAAGACGAAAAAGACGCGCCCGAAAACAGCGAGGAAGAAAACGACCUUGAAGAGAACGGCUCAGACAAACCAGCUGUCAAACGCGAUGGGACAAUGACUGUGACUGCGUCGGUAAGUUAAUCGAUCUUUUUAUCCUAAACUUCUGUUAACUAGCGAGAAGUGAAAUCUUACGUUUCUGAUUAGUUAACCGUACGAUUGAUCGAUCGCCGGUGUUUUUCAGGAAGGAGAAAAGUUUCUUCAAGACGCCGGACACACAGUAGACGGAGGAACACGUGGGGAAAGCGAAGCAGUGAAAGCGGCCAUCGAAGAAAGCGCUGAGGCUGAACAGAACGGGGAAAAAGAUGAGGAAAAACCCGACUUAAAACGCAAAGGAACUAUGCAAGAGACAGUCGAGGUAAGUAAAAGCUACAGCGCUAAACUUCUGUGAUAAAGUUCCAGGUACCGAGUUGUUCUUCAUAAGCUUAACAUUCCGUGUUGGUUUUGUUUGCUUUUGUCACAUGGAAAUUCAAUGCAUGUUAUGAUUUUCUGUUGCCACCAACAGUCCCGUUCUGUGCUAAAACAGUAUUUACGUAACUUUCCCGCAAGUAAUGCUUGUCAAAGAUAGAAACAAGGUUUGUGUUGUUGAUUUAGGGAAAGUUAUCAGAGAUGUCCAUGCAUCAUAGACCGUGUCACGCUACCUAGCAUGUGCUUGCCAUGCUUCAGCGCGGUUUGCUUUCAUUCGAUUCAAAGGCAAAUUUAUUGUUUAAAAGUCAAUGGGUUUCGUUGUUCAAGAACAAAUAGCUUUUGAAUUUACCGCAAAACGCCACGCUUUUUCCUUGUAAAGACAGCAGCGAAAAACGAAUUGUUUAUAGGGUUUUAGGGGCGAAUUUUAGGUAAACUUUUUCUUUUCAGCUUGCUCCCUCAUCGAAAACCUUCGAAGAAUUUUGUCAAAAAGUACGCGGUUUUUUUUUAAUACGUCGUAGGUCAUGUCGUAGCUUGAAAGUAUUUGUCAUUAAGAAUAAUUGUUAAAAUCUGGGAGUAAGUUUCGCGUCCAAAAAUCAUCAUUGAUAGUUUAUAGUCAUUGAGUGUUUAAAGAAAAACCAAUUUUUGCUCAAACUCAACUUGUUCCAUAACAAUGAAGAUUUGUUCAUAACAUGUUCUCUUUCCAGUGCAAGUACCCUGCUUGUGAUGUAUAGAAAAAAGAUAAAUACGACUAUUUAGUAAGGCCAUAAGCGGGAAAUAUCAACCUAUACCAAAGUUUUGACAUAAGUGUUCAUGACAUUCUUGGUAGUUUACAACUGAUAUCUAUGUCAGCAAAAAGUUUUCUCCAGUUGUGAUUUAAAAGAUUGAUUGCUCACCUUUUUUACUGACACUGAGAACUAAAAUGUGCCAUUGGUUAUUCUUGUGACAGCAAUUCAAUUUACCUGUAAAAGUUUUGGAACUUUUCUUGCCUAAAUGAUACUAAGGAUGUAUAAGAAGGAACAGACAGAAAUUGCAACAAAAUUCAACCCAGUUAUGCCAGUCAUCUUGUGUUUCCUGAUAUAUCUGAUAAUGUUUCUUCCUUGUUCCUGUUACUUGUAAGAUCAGUUGUAACAUUUCAGGGUUGUGUCUUCUUUCCCAUGUGUGCCACUACCUUCUAUGAGUUGUUCUUUUGCAACUUGCUGAAAGCCUUACAAUGAUUUUACCCUUAAUUAAAAGCUUUUAACUGUUCAGAUGUUUACAUGAAUUCAUUUUUAUUUAUAAUAGGAGGGUGAAGAAUUUUUAAAGAAACAGAAAACCACCAAUGGUGAACAUCAAGACGAAGUCACAGCAUAAAUCCAAGAAACCCUUUACCAUUUUAUCUAGAUGAUUUCAAAACAAUAAUGGACAGAUUGUACUGUACAUAUACAUUAAACACAUUUGAUAAUUUUCCAGUUGCGUAGUGUUCAUUACUGUUCAGGUACACACAACAGGGAUGCUAUUGAAGUAGACUGGUUGACUUUUUCAGUUUCCAUGUCUACCGCUUUGUCUCUUACUCUAGCUUUAACACUUUCUUGCAUUUUUAUAUAGCAUCUUCCAUGCAUUUUUCUAACCUCUUUCUUGAAUUUCACUGUAUGAUAUCAAGGAGAAGUAUUCUUUUAAUCAGUGUAUAGUGGGAGAUUUUGUCUAUAAGGAGAUAAGCUUUUAUACAGUUUUAAAAUAUUCAAACAUAUGCAAACAAUAGAUACCUCAAACAUUAAAGUGUUCUUUUCCCAUGAGUGUUUGUGUUUGUGUUUUAACAAUAUUAUUUGGAGAUCCCUUAGCAUAUAAUGCAGAAUCUAUUUCGUUCAAGGCUACUAUAUAUCCUUGACUGAAAAUACAACUCUGUCUCCUUACUCCCCAUUACCGGAGAUGUUUGUGGCAGAGAUGUUUGGAAGGUACAUCAACAGUAUAUUCAGGUUAAAGUGCUUCUGGUAAUAUUUAGCCCGAAUGGUGAAUAAUCCUCAAGACGAAGUGGAUGGGAUUAUUAAUGUUAGCUGAGCGUGAGGUGAAUAAUAAUUUAUUGUAAACAGUUUUAGUAAAAUUACUCAGGUGGUUGUCACACGGAAAAGGG